GCACAUUCGCUAAUAACAAAAAGGUGAAACAUAAAACGGCAUAGCAAAAAGUUGAAAUGUCCUCAAAAAAUCCAAUAGUGUUAUUCGGCCCGAAAAAUUCUUUGAAAAACAAAGUUGAAAGUAUUCGGGCUUUUGAAAUCGUUUAUUUUACUUUGAAGUUCCAAGGAUUGGUUAUAACCGAAGACUGUCGCCUGCGACAUAAAAUACAUGUUGUUGCCAAUUAUAUUUUCACCAAUAUUUUCUACUACGCCUCGUUCAUCAUCGAACUGUUCUUCGUUAAAAAUUUGAGGCAAUUACUGGAAAAUAUUCCUAUGAACAUUUGUGUGACAGCCUGCUCCGUCAAGUUCCUUGUAAUUCUGAGACUAAGACCCAGCCUCAUCGAAAUGAAUGAACAACUGAAGCAUCUGGACAGCCGGCCUAUGACGGAUAAGCAAAAGGAUAAAUUGAGGAAGGAAAUCAACUUUUGCAGGUUGACUUCGUUGAUGGUGGCCGUGUUCUUCCUGGGGGUGAAUUUAACGCAUGCCCUUGCUGCGGCCCUCUCGCAUGGCAAGAAACUUGGUUUUGAAACUUGGUUCCCAUAUGAUUGGAGUAAGAAUGCCUUCCGCUAUUGGGUUUCGUUGUUUAUCCAGACCGUAUUUCAACUACAAUUAGGACUGGAAGAUGUAGCAAAUGAUUUUAUUGGGGUGUUGUAUCUGAAUGUGUUGAGCGCCCAUUUACAGAUAAUAAUGGAACGGUUUGCAAAUAUUCAUUAUGAUCCUGAGAAAAUGGAGGAAGAAAGCUUUCAGGACUUCGUACAAUGUGUAGAGGAUCAUCGAAUUGUAAUGGGACUCUUCGAAAUAAUACAGAAAACUCUCUCUUUUACAAUUUUCAUUCAAUUCAUCACAUCUAUUCUCGUAUUUUCAACUACGGGUUUAAUAUAUCUAAGAUUCUCACCAUCAUUAACCGAAACUGCGGCUGUAUUCUUAUUCAUGGUGGCGGAAAUUACAGAAAUCUAUCCAUCUUGUUACUAUUCAAACAAGUUUAUGGAAAAAACGGAUCAGAUGGUUUUCAUGCUCUACUCGUCAAAUUGGAUGGACUUAUCACCAAAAUUCCGUAAACAUCUUAUUAUAUUCAUGCAGAUGACGCAGGAAAGGAAAAUUAUAUUGGCUGGAAAACAGAUACCAGUAACUUUGGCUACUUUCAUGUCGUGCUUUGCUGGUCCAAACGAGGUGCACGGAACUGACAGAUACAUAAUAUUUUUUAAGAGAAUUGAGCCACUUUUUCACGUUUUCUGAAAACAACACCGAAUAUAGGCAUGUGAAGUAUCAAAUAAAAGGUCUCGAUUACCUUUCGAAGGAGUUGGUUUUGACAUUCGUUGUAAAUGGGACCAGUGUCGAUGGUAUAACAGUGUCAAUUAUUUCAAUGACCCAUUCUUAGAAACUACCCAAGAUAAUAGAAAAAUAGAAACCACCCUAGAUAAUAGAACAAUAUUGUUUUAUUUAGAAUAUUUUCUGCGAAGCUCCCCUAAUGUCAAGUUUGGUGGAAAAUGGAAGCUACAGUAAGUCUAAAUUAUCCCUUUUCGCGUCAAAUAACUGCUACGUAAGAGAUAAUAUUAACGAGACUUGUCUUUAGCGCGUUUGAGUAAAGUUGUGUUGACAUAAAUAGAAAAUCCAAAACAAUCUCCUGGAACUUUAACACUGCGAACUAGUUAUCAACGAAACCAUCGUGAGCCCAUAUAUUUUUACCCAAAGUGGCCUCAAAACCUUUCACACCUAAAACUUUUAGUUUCCGACUUGUUUCAAAGGCACCUAAUAAUUAUGCUUGGAAUGAAUCGCCUAUAGGGUCAAGAAUUUUCGAGAAGCAGGAUUUGAAGGUUCUAUUCUCCCAAAACCAUUUGAAUUACGCAUUAGUAUCAUAAAUAUUUUCCUCAAAUUUUGACAACCAGCUAAACAUAGUUUAAUGUAUUUUCUCAAUUGCACAAGUAAUGAAGGCUAUGUACACAGUGUUAAUGAUCCUGAACCCAUCAGAGUGAUGAGCAGUAAAGACAUCUUUUAUGUGAAAAAAUAAAAAAUGAAAUUUAUUCUUUAGAAAGAAAAGAUGUAGCUCUAAUCAACCUUUUGUUCUUUAUUUUCAUGCAUUCAGUAAUUUUAACAUACACAAUGUAAUAAAAUUUGUUUUAUUGAUUAAUAAAAAUUUACA